AGGAAUUAAUAGAAACAAAGAGUGUUAACCACAAAAAAAGAAAAAAAAAAGGGAAGGUGUUAACUUUGUAAAGUAAUACCAGUACCCGCGACAGCGCAUCGUCGUUUCAGUACUACUUUAGCAUCUUUUUUUAUAUUAGUAUUCCGGCAUUGUUUGCGUCUAUCUAUGCAUGUGGACGGAUAGGCACGGCCCAGUUUAAGUCCCAGGCUGCCCUUAGCCUAGGCACUUCUCCACGGCUAAUAAGCGUAACGCUUGUGUGUCUGGAAGGAUGGUGAUGGCUAUUGAAGUCGAGGAGCUCAUCAUCCAGCCCUUCAGGGAAGUGGUAGAGCGGGGCAAGGAAGCUGUCGCCAAUGCCCAGGCAGCCAUCGACGCUGAUAUCGAGGAGAGCAACUCUCAGGAUCUCCAAAACAUACUGAAGUCAGCACAGUCCCUAGUAAGGGAAGGUGAACGAGGUCUUCAAAGAUUGCUGCCGUUAUGGAAAGAACGGCUGGACAAGUACGGCGAGGCCUUCACGGAGGCCAUGCGACACAACGAGCAGAUCGCCAAUAGCCAGAGGCAAUUAGAGGAUCUUCUCUAUGACCUGGACGAUUUUGUUGAGGUCGAUACGUUUGACACCACAAGGUUUGCUGAAGUGCGAGCUGCGUCUAAGUCGUUUGCUCUAACCCUCCUGGAAGCUAUUAAGCGGUUGCACAUCGAGGAGAACACUCCAUCAUUAUCAUCUGUCCCAUCGUGGAUACCGCCAGUACCACCUCAUGUCCUGGAAAACAAAGGCCGCAGUCAAAAUGGAGCAGCCUUGGUUCCUUUUGGAAUGCAAACGAAUCCGGGUGUCAGUGGCACCAGCACUCCUGCCCGACGACCGUCUAGUCCAGACAUUUUAGGGGGGGAGCGCGAUUUCAUCAGCCUCGUGUCUGGGCCUAGCUUGCCGCCCCCGGCCUCACGAACCUCAGUUUGGGUUAGCGAACAGACGACAGCUGCGAAUUCGUGGUCCCGCAACAACUCGAUUCCCGAGGACGACUGUUUUGUGGCACAUCCAGUCAUAGCGAAUAAUCUCGACAGUCUUACUCUACAACACUGCGAGGUGAAGACACCCUCAAGCGACAGUCUGGCAGAUAACUCUCAAAACAGGUUCUCUUGGUAUACCGCCACCGGUAGCUUCGUUUCCGGUCCCAAGUCACCCGUCCAGGUCCCUACGAGUGAUCAGAGAACAACAUCGCUGGCAAAACCCAAUCUGAACCCCUCCACAGCUCUAGAACUAAAUAGCAACAACCAGCCGCCGUCACAAGAAACGGCGGCUUUCGAGGACGGUCUGAUGCUUGCCGAAGAACUUUAUUCGCCAAACAAAUCGUUUACUGGGUACCAAAUUGGAUUGGAUAGUACCCUAUACUUGCAAAAGGGGUUUUGCCCGGGUGCGCAAAAUUAUCGAAUGAAGGGGCGUAAGAGUGCGGUAAAAUCGGUUAUGGAAUACGGGACGUGGCGGAGUCUUGCCAGAUGUACCGACUGUGAAUUCGUGCAAAGCCUGUUAGAGGUAGAACUCGAUGAUGCCCAGGAAUCGAGUGGAAACUCUUGCAAGGCCGGCGUUCUAUAUCGUAUCAGGUUUCUGUAUAAGUCACACCUCAUCACGAACUCGGCGUUCACCACCCAGUUUGGCUGUCUGUUUUGCGCACAGAAGGGUCACACGGUGUAUCCGGAUGACGCAACCGUCUUUACUACGCAAGAGCAACUUUUCCAGCACUUAUCACGACAUCCGCAGCCAUUACCGGCUGUGCCUGGUAUUGUGGUCUUGUAUGGCCAACUACUCCGAGGAGACCCGAAUUAUGAAGACUACGACCUUCACUUUCCCAACCCUCCUGUUGCGAGUCAGCUUCCAGAAUCAGAAUCUCUGACCAAGCUACCAGCGGCGGCAGUCGUAAAAAGCCAUGUUAAGCGAUAUGGACGCGAUUUACUGGAUCCGGAUGGGAGCACGGAACAGGUCAUAGAGUUCCUGGAGGGCUCCCGGGUUGUGGGUGUCGAAUUUCCUGAGAAGUGGAAGGGCAAAUGGUGCACUGGUUGGCAUGACGGUGUUCAAGGCUCUUUUCCUGCUAAAUGUAUCAUGCUUGAACCGCCUGCACACCUUCCAGGACCAAACGGGGCCCCUGACAACAUGUUUGUCACGACACUCUGGAAGUGGGAUGCAAAAGAUGCCGCAACAGGAUGGUUACAUUUCGACAAGGAUGAAACCUUGUCUUCUGUUAGUUGGCUCAACAAAGACGAUUGGUGCUGGUAUGGCGUCAAGAAGAAUGGCAAGGCAGCAGGUCUUUUCCCGCGAUCUCAUAUCAAGAUGGAAUCGUUACGGGAGGUUGCCGAGGUAGAGGAUGACGACUCUUCACAUAAAGUGAAGAUGCCAGGAAAUUUCCAUUUGCCUCAUUUACCUACAAUCAAGAUGCGUAGACUGACAGUUGGAAGUUCAACGUCUUGAUAUACGACUAGGAGAGGUAUCGAAGAUUAUGAGAACAUUGCGUAUACGUUAAGAUUCCCCGAAAGGCGUAUUGGGUAGGUAGUGGCGGCGCUGGCACUCGUGGUUGAAUUUUAGCAUUAUAUACCCUCGGUUGGGUUGACGCUUUUUAUAACAUCAAAUAGGUAUAUACACGUAGCACUGAAUGUUAUGUGUAUGAAGAACAGUGUAUGAAGCUAAUGAUAAAAACUGUAUUGUACCGUACCUAGUGACAGGUACUAUGUAUUCCCGGAGCUUUGCGCCAGGCCAAGACAGCCAAAUAAGUCCCCGCACCUCCACAUAAUAAAUAAGGCCAUGGACCGUUUUAAGUUAAA